AGCGUUUUGGAUGCGCCAGUAGCUAAUCUUAAUGAUAGUCCCGGUGAGCUAGGCAAACCUGUGAUUCUGCCCAAGGAUAUGCCGAUAGAUAUGAAAAAGGCCGUCGACGAUGGCUGGACAAAGAACGCCUUCAAUCAAUAUGUCUCCGAUUUGAUAUCCGUGCAUCGUUCGCUACCAGAUCCGCGCGAUGCCUGGUGUAAGGAUUCGGCACGAUAUCUAAGCAAUCUGCCCAAGACCGAUGUCAUCAUUUGCUUCCACAAUGAGGCCUGGUCCGUGCUGUUGCGCACGGUGCAUUCCGUGCUGGAUCGCUCGCCACCCGAGCUGAUUGGUCAGAUUAUCCUGGUGGAUGACUACAGUGAUAUGCCACAUCUCAAGAAACAGUUGGAGGAUUAUUUCGCCUCCUAUCCCAUGGUGCAGAUUGUGCGUGGACCGCAACGCGAGGGCUUGAUUCGCGCUCGCCUCCUGGGCGCCAAAUAUGCCAAAUCACCUGUCAUUACCUACCUGGACUCGCAUUGCGAGUGCGCUGAGGGUUGGUUGGAGCCGCUUUUGGAUCGCAUAGCCCGCAACUCGACCACAGUCGUCUGUCCCGUUAUUGACGUUAUCGAUGAUACGACUCUGGAGUUUCACUAUCGCGACUCCAGUGGAGUCAAUGUGGGCGGCUUCGAUUGGAAUUUACAGUUCAGUUGGCAUGCGGUGCCGGAACGUGAGAAGAGGCGCCAUAACAACACAGCGGAGCCUGUCUACUCGCCCACCAUGGCCGGCGGUCUGUUUUCGAUAGACCGUGAGUUUUUCGAGCGUUUGGGCACCUACGAUUCUGGUUUCGAUAUCUGGGGCGGUGAGAAUCUGGAGCUGUCCUUUAAGACAUGGAUGUGCGGCGGCACACUCGAAAUUGUGCCCUGUUCCCAUGUGGGCCACAUAUUCCGCAAGCGUUCGCCCUACAAGUGGCGCACGGGCGUGAAUGUGCUGAAAAAGAAUUCGGUUCGUCUCGCUGAGGUCUGGAUGGAUGAUUACUCCAAGUAUUAUCUUCAGCGCAUUGGCAUGGAUAAAGGCGACUACGGCGACGUUAGCGAACGCAAGAAGCUGCGCGAGGAUCUGCAGUGUAAAUCUUUCAAAUGGUAUUUGGACAACAUUUAUCCGGAGCUCUUCAUACCCGGCGAUGCGGUGGCCAAUGGCGAGAUAAGGAACUUAGGUUAUGGCGGUCGCACCUGCUUGGACUCGCCGACGGGCAAGCGGAACAUGAAGAAGCCUGUUGGCCUAUAUCCGUGCCACAAGCAAGGUGGCAAUCAGUAUUGGAUGCUGAGCAAGGCUGGUGAAAUACGACGCGAUCAAUCCUGUCUCGACUAUGCCGGCAAGGAUGUGAUACUCUUUGGUUGUCACGGCUCCAAGGGCAAUCAGUUCUGGACAUAUCAUGAGAACACGAAACUGUUGCAUCACGGCUCUUCAGGCAAGUGCCUGGCCAUCAAUGAAGGCAAGGACAAGCUCAUCAUGGAGGAGUGUGAUGCCUCGCAUCUGCGCCAGCACUGGCUGCUGGAGAACUACGAUAGCUCCAAGUUGUGAGGCUACUUCUAUGCGAAGGGCACCAUACUGGUGCCCACAUUGCAGAGCAUGCGCGCAUAGCAGGACAUUCAAGGAUACUGAACCGGAGCAGCAGCAGCAGCAGCAGCAGUAGUAGGCGUAGGAUUAGAUGUUAACGAUAGUUUUUAAUCAAAUGACACGGCCUGAGAGAGUUGUGCAAUAGGCAGUAGCAAAGUAUUUGCCAUGGCUUUUAACUAAAGCAGUAACAUGUACUCACACACACGUACACAUACACACACACACACACACACGCGUGCGAAGGCAGUGCAUACUAUCAGUAAUUUAUGUACACACAUUUUUUUAUUUCUAUUCCAAUUAAAUAAUGCGAUAAACUUAGCUGAGUUAGUUUGUAAGCGCACAUGCAAGAAAGAGAACGACUGUUGUACAGUAGAUCUUAAGUUUUCCAAGCGUAGCACAUUUAAAAAUUAAUUAAUAUAUUAAUAUAGUUAUUUAAAUGUAAUCUAUAGAGUAGUUAACCCAGCUGGGUUCUACUCUAUAACUAGCAAGUCGUAGCGCAAUUUUUGCAUUUACAAGUUAAAAACUUUUUAGCACAAUUUUUUAAGGCAAACUUUGUGUGCGUUUGCCUGUGUCUGCGUGUGUGUGCGAGAGAGAGAGAGGUGUGUGUGUGUAAUUGACAUUUUUUAAAUUGCACAAGGCCAAUAACCGAGUUGUGUUGUGCAGUGCAUAUACACAUAUAUGUAUCAUAUAUAUGUAUACAUAUAUUGUACUAUUAAUGAAUUCUCCUGUCAUCUAAAUGGCUUUGCAAAAGUCGCGUUCCAAAUAUGUUUUAGUCAGUAAGUCUUGCUUUAAGUCUAUUGUUGUUGUAGUUUGGAAAGCAUUUGGUGAUUAUGCCCCGCCCCUCGCCCCGAUUUACUUAUGUGCCCGCCGCCCCUAGCAUUCCCAAUUGCCGACAAGUAUGUACUUAUAUGGCACACCCAUUGCGUUAGCUAUUUGCUUUUAUUUAUUUUGUUUUUAAGCUGAAGUUCUAAAUCGAAACAUUUGAAAGAAAACAAGGAGAAACCUAUGCCAAAUUAUAUUUAGAGGGCUUACUUUUAGUAAUUUUUUAUUUAAAAAACGAAAAAAAUGUAUUUCUUAUGCGUUUUGUUGUAAACAAGGACAACAUAUCCCGUUUGUUAGACAACGCCAGCUUGUAGUGGAUACUUUUUGUAUGCAGUAUAUCAUCAGUUCAGACAGACUUAUGGAUAUCACUAAAGUAUAGAGCUAGGUACUUAAUGUUAAGACACAAAUAUGCAAUAGUGCCUUCUACUUUUUACUAACAUAAUAUGCAAACACACAGCAUACCAACAUAAUUGUUUAUCUCCCAGCUUCAAUGGGUAUAAUUUAAGUCACAAGCAGAACCGACUGUAAAUAUCUAUAUACUGUACAAUUUUAUAUCGCAAAUGUAAAUAAUCAAACAUGGUCGAAUAGCACACAUAUAAUACUAUUCUUGGCUAGCCACUAAUCUUAAACAUACAUACAUAUAUCACUAUAUAGUUGUCAUGUCCUGUUUGAUUUGCGAUCGUACCCACAUUUACAAUUGGCGUACAAUCCAAAAGCCAUAAACGUGGUCAAGAAACUUUUGAUAAUGAUACAAUAAUACCCUAAGUGCGUAGUGAAUGUUUAGUACAUAAGCAAUUGCACAAGCUGUACAAGGACACAAAUAUAGUUACAAAUAAACAAACACUUCGUGUA